UGUCUCUGGAGAGACGAGAUCCUGAAGGUGAUAGGCAGCUAAACAGAGGUGAAAACACAGUGGGGUCUGUGCUACCACCUGGGCGCCGGCAAGCUGGAUGCUGAGAGGAGAGAAGAGUGAGGUCAAAGACUAUCUGGGCAUGGGGAAGGUUCUCAAGGACAGCAGCAGCCUCAGCCAGAGGACAAGCCAGGGGGAGAGAGGAGUGUGCACGUCCUUAAGAGCCCCUGCCCCAUUCUCGGGGCCCUGGUCCCCCCCCAGCCUCCUCUGCCUGCCCCCGACCCCCACAUCUCCUGGAGCCUCCCAAGCCACCCUCAGUCUGGCUCCCUAUACCUCCUGCCCCUGCCUCAUCAAACCCUGCCCUCUCUGCCCGCAACUAAGCCCCACCACCAGGUCCUCCCCCACCCCCCAACAUUCCCCUCGCCUGCCUGACCUUUGCCUUCUAGAACUCCUGGAAGUUUCCAACUGGAGGUUUUAAUUUGAAAACUCCUCCUGUUCUUAAGCAGUUGGUCCUGGGGGUGGCUGCUACGGCCCCUCCCUCUGAGUCAGGGUCCCCCUCAGGAUGGAGGCCCCAGCUCCAACGCCUCGACCUCGAAUUUUGGGCCGCUCCUCCAUGUUGCGCUUUUUCCAUAGCCUGGUGGGGAGAAAGAGCAGCCCCAAAAGCUCCGCCAAGGCCCUGUCACCGGGUCGGGCGUGCCCCUCGCAAGAGCAGGACGCCAUGCCCCUGAUGACAGAUCGCAAGGGAGGAGUGGGGAGGAAGCAGCCCAGGUCACCCGCCACACUGCCCUACGUCCUCUCUGUGGCCGUGCCACGGCACAGUCCCUCGGGGCUGGGGGACAUGGGGACCCAGACCCCCACCCCCGUGGAGGUCCUGAGGGUCGCGGCCCAGGGUGUGGAGGUGAAGUCAGUCCUGCCCAGAGGAAGCCAGGAGGUGCUGGACAACCUGUCUGAGAAGGAGGGGAGGGAAGAGGAGGAGGCAGCAGGCGAGGCCUCCGGGGACCCAGGGACCUCCAGCAGAAGCCACUUUGCCAGAGCCCUGGAGGCGGAGCAAGGAUGCCUGCGGAGGGCCACGGGGCCGCUGGAGGUCAGCCCCGAGGCCUUCACCAGGGAGGAGAAGGAGUGUCUGCUUGAUGGAGACCUCAGGCUAGCCUCUUCGAAGGAGGGGGCCACCCCUUGGAACCGCCUCCUCACCUUGUACAAGCAGCUUCAGAAGUCAGCGGUGGUCAAGUUGCCUCUCAAGGAAGGCUUGACCCCUGAGGAGAAAGGGGAGGAAGAGGAAACGGAGGAAGAGGACAGCUCAUUCAAGUUCUGUGUCCCAGGCACCGUCACCCUCCAGUCCCCGCUGCAUAAGACCUUUAGGUCGACAGACACCGUGGGUUUCGUGGAGUCGGAGUUAAAGAAGCUUCUGGUAGUACAGCGGGAGUCCCGCCUCUGGAAGAUGGGCAGCCACGAGGGCCGGGAGCUGCUCACCCAGCCAGAGAUCACCCUGGAGGAGGCGGGCAUUGUGGACGGCCAGCACCUGCUCCUUGAGGAGAUGGACGAGAUGGGAAACUGGCCUCCGGAGUGACCCCGGUGCUGGCCCUGAGUCUGCCCCACCCCAGGGCCCUGGAACUUGCAUAGGAAUGUAUCCCCCCUUCUAGGGCACAGCCAAGGAACCCCUGGGGCCAGGGGUCUUGGGAUAAACAGUGUCCACCUGUCUGCAGGGUGGGCCUGCCCGGCAGACUGUCCCCACCCAUCAGACUCAGGCCUCCGAUGUUGUUAAUAAAACCCAGUUUGACUCCGA